GCAGCAUGGCGGGGGGUGCCCGGGAGGUGCUCACUUUGCAGUUGGGACAUUUUGCGGGUUUCGUGGGAGCGCACUGGUGGAACCAGCAGGAUGCUGCGCUGUGCAGGCCGACCGAUGCCAAAGAACCGCCGGGAGAGCUGUGCCCCGACGUCCUGUACCGGACCGGCCGGACGUUACACGGCCAAGAGACUUACACGCCGAGACUCAUACUCAUGGAUCUGAAGGGUAGUCUGAGCUCCCUAAAACAAGAAGGUGGACUCUACAGGGACAAACAGCUAGAUGCUGCAAUAGCAUGGCAAGGGAAGCUCACCACACACAAAGAGGAAAUCUAUCCCAAGAACCCUUAUCUCCAGGACCUCCUGAGUGCAGAGGGAGUGCUGAAUAGUGAUGGUAUCUGGAGGGUCAAAUCCAUUCCCAAUGGCAAAGGUCCCCCACCAUUCACCACCGCUACAACUCCAAAACCAGUUAUCCCCACAGAGGGCAGCAUCAGAGUCUGGUCAGACUUUCUCAGAGUCCAUCUCCAUCCCCGGAGCAUCUGUAUGAUUCAGAAGUACAACCAUGAUGGGGAAGCAGGUCGCCUGGAGGCUUUUGGCCAAGGUGAGAGUAUCCUGAAGGAACCCAAGUACCUGGAAGAGCUGGAGGACAGGCUGCACUUCUACGUGGAGGAGUGCGACUACCUGCAGGGCUUCCAGAUCCUAUGUGACCUGCACAAUGGCUUCUCUGGGGUAGGCGCCAAGGCCGCAGAGUUGCUACAUGACGAGUAUUCAGGGCGGGGAAUAAUAACCUGGGGCCUACUCCCUGGUCCGUACCGCCUCGGGGAGCCCCAGAAAAACAUCUACCGUCUGUUAAACACAGCUUUCGGUCUGGUGCACCUGUCUGCUCACAGCUCUCUGGUCUGCCCAUUAUCCUUGGGUGGGAGCCUGGGGCUGCAACCUGAGCCACCUGUCAACUUCCCUCACCUGCAAUAUGAUGCCACUCUGCCCUUCCACUGUGGCGCCAUCCUGGCUACAGCCCUGGACACAGUCACUGUUCCUUAUCGCCUAUGCUCCUCACCAGUUUCCAUGGUUCAUCUGGCUGAUAUGCUGAACUUCUCUGGGAAAAAGGUGGUCACAGCAGGAGCAACCAUCCCCUUCCCCUUAGUUCCAAGCCAGUCCCUCCCUGAUACGCUGAUGCAGCUUGGAGAGGCCACCCCAUGGACCCCACUGUCUGCAUGUGGGGACCCUUCUGGAACGUGCUGCUUUGCCCAGUCUGUGGUGCUGAGGGGUCUAGACAGAGCAUGCCACACCAGUCAGCUCACCCCAGGGACACCCCUGCCCUCCUCCCUCCACGCGUGCACCACCGGGGAAGAAGUCUUGGCCCAGUACUUGCAGCAGCAGCAGCCUCGAGUCAGGAGCUCUUCUCAUCUGCUGCUGACUCCCUGUAAGGUGGUUCCUCCUUACCCCUACCUCUUCUCCUCAAGCCUCGGCCAGCAGGGUUUGGUUCUGGAUGGUCCCCCAACAGGGGCAGUGGAGAGCAUCCCAGUGCUCGGGGCCCUCUGCUCCUCUUCAUCCUUGAACCGGACCCUGGGAGAUUUGGCCAAAGAUCUCGCCAAACUUGACCUGCGGCGCUGGGCCAGCUUCAUGGACGCUGGAGUGGAACAGGAUGACCUAGAGGAGACACUGCAGGAGCUACGCAGCCUGGCCCAGUGCUACCAGAGUGGCGACAGCCUCAUGGACUAAAGCUCCAAGAAAAGGAAAGAGCUAGUUUACAAUAAAAACUGCUGGAUGCAGGAGCUCAGUGUCUUGGGACUGGCUACACCAACAUACGCAUUUAUCACAUUUAGAAACACUGUGAUCAGAUCACACAACAAUAAAUAUGUACCACCAGA